AAUACAUCAAUCAAUGAUAUUCAUGUUCCAAAAUAUGUUCGAAUUAAACUCAAAGAAGAAUCACCUUCAGGAACAGUUGUAAUAAAUAUUGGAGAAUUUUUAAACUCUGUUCCAUUAACUAAUUAUAACACUUCAAAUAACAUUGAACAUGAUUUAAAAAAUAGAAUGUUUGUUGUACCAUCUAGUUUGACAUUAGUCUCUGAAAUCUCAUCAGUGACCCGUUUAUUCCGAUUAAACAAAGAAACUGAAAGUAUACAUACAGUGAUGGCUAUUGAUAGAGAUACAUUAUGCAGUAAAAAUCAGUUAUGUUGUUCAAAUCCAACAAUUAAAAACAGUAUAAAUGGAUAUAUAGAUACUUCUGGUCGAAUGCCUAUUUCAGGUGGUGGUCAAACAUAUAAAUCAUAUGACAGUAAAACGGCAGAUGUUUGUUUAAUACAGUUUCGUGUAAUUUUUUCUAUGCAUUAUCAUCAUGAUUUUGUUGGAAACAAUCAGAUGGAUGGAUCAACUGAGAAAAUGGCAUACAUUACGGUAGAAAUUGAAUUAUUGGAUAUUAAUGACAACUCACCACAGUUUAUUCUCCCUGUUCCUAUGCCAAAAACAACUACACUUUUGUAUAAUCCAAUACCUGUAAUUGAAAUAUCCGUUGAAGAAUCAAUGGAAUUACAUACUUGUAUACAAUUGCCUAAAGCAUUAGAUUUAGAUUCGAGUAUUUAUGAUGUAACUGAGUAUCGAAUAGAAUCUUUAACUCAGUCAGAUAUCUUUCAAUUAAAAAACAAACUUUCCCAUUCAAAUCUUAUUGGGAUAGAUAAAAAUGAACUCCCGUUUUCAUUAGAACACAAGUCGUGCACUGAUCCAUUAGUCCAGAAUUACAUUGAAGUAGACAUGAAUACUCCCGUGCAACAAACAAAUGAAGGAUUCGAACUAAUUGCAAACAAUGAACUGUUGAUACCCUCAUUGAAAGUUAUUGGUCAUCUUGAUCGGGAAACAAUCGAGUAUUAUUGGAUAAAGCUGUUGGCAAUCGAUGGGAUUAAAUAUUUAGAGACUGACGCUUCCGGUUAUCAGGAUGUAAACAAUAAAAAGCCAUCAAAUGAACAUUCUUUUCAAAAUACUAAACAUACUGGCACCAUUUUGAUUCGUAUUCACAUUAUAGAUAUCAAUGAUAACAUUCCUAUAGUACCGAGAGCACUGAAUCUUGACGUUUCAGAGGAUGCUAAGGUAGGCACAUUAUUAGGAAGAAUUAAUGGUACUGAUCCAGAUCUUAGUGACAAUGGUAAAUUACACUAUCACCUUAUGAUGGAUCAGACAGGGAUAUCAAAUUUCCCAUUCGUUAUCGACUCACAAACAGGGAGUAUAACAGUUAACAGACCACUAGAUGCUGAUAGACUACCUCAAUCGAAUAAGCACUUACGAUUUAAAGUACUAACUAGUGAUUCCGGUAAACCAAUUUCACAUUCCUCUUAUACAGUAGUUGAUGUCCGUAUAAAUGAUGUCAAUGAUGAAACACCCCAGAUUAAAGUUAUAGAUUUAGAGAGCCGUAGUAAUCCACCGUAUCCUACAGUGAUGGAGAAUAGACAGCCAGGUCAAUUAGUGGCAUUCGCUACUGCUACCGAUGCAGAUUCUGGUCCUAAUGGUGCACUGUCAUGUCGUAUAAAUAAUCCCAAGUUUAAACUUGAGCAAAUAACUUUAUCAAACUCUAUUCCAGACAUUCACUCAAAUAAUAACUUCAAUUUUUAUAGUUUUGAACCGUUGAGCAGUCAAUCCUUAAAAGAGCCUCUAAAUACAUUAGAUUUUAAAGUAGUCACUUCCACAGAACUUGAUCGUGAGCUGAGUACGAUAGAAAUCGUAGAAAUUGCAUGUACAGACCAACCGUUGAAUAGUGCAACAGUACGUACAGGAAGAAUACAAUUUUAUGUAAGAGUAUUAGACGAAAACGACAACCCCCCUACAUUUAAUACACAUAAAUUUCAGUUGGAUAUUUUAGAAAAUACACCACCGGAUGAAAUCAUAUUUAUUUUCAAUGCAACAGAUCCAGAUUAUCAGAAUCAUUUAUCUGGAGGAAAUACACGUCGAAUGAAUGAACCUAACUAUCAUUACAUUCAUCAGCAACAACAACGUCAAAAUUUGUUAAGCAUUCAGUCAACGAACAGAAUUAAAUAUGCGAUUGAUUCAAAUGGACAGCAAUAUUUACGUAUUGAUCCAGACACUGGUAUUUUGUAUAGUAAAGUAAAAAUUGACAAGAACAUUGUUGAUGAAAUCAAAUUCAAUGUGACUGCAAUGGAUAACGGCCAUCCACCCAGAAAUGUUACGGCUGAAGUAUUUAUCAAUAUUAUAGAUCAAAAUGAUCAUGCACCAAAAUUUGAAAACCAAAUAUUCUAUUAUAAUUUAUCGGAAGAUUUGCCAGUGAAUUCAAUCGCAGCUAUACUAAUUGCACACGACGAUGACUUUGGACAAAAUGCGGAAAUCACAUAUAAAUUAGAUGACUUACAAGGGAAUGCAAUAAAAACAUUUCGACUUGAUAGAAAUAAUGGAACUUUAUGGUUACGUACCCCAUUGGAUCGGGAAAAAUUAGAUAGUUAUACUUUUAAGGGAAUUCCGCUAGUUAAACUAACAGCAACAGAUUCAGAUGAAGGUGUAAAUUCACAGUUAACCUUUCAUCUUCUUGAUGAAUCAAAGGAAAAAGAUAUUUUUACAGUGGAUCCACAUACUGGAGAACUAAGUCUUUUACCAACAGUGGAUCCAUUCAUUAUUGGAGGUCGCUAUCAACUGAAGUUUGAGGUACGUGAUAGUGGUACACCGAGUCUCUCAGGAUAUGCAAACAUAAAUAUCAUAUUAGAUAGUAACUCACCUCAGUUAUUACCAUUCAACAAUGGCAAAUACCAACCUACAAAUAUGGAAUCGUUGAAUUCAAGAAAUAGUUACCGCUCACCAAUUUUGAAAAAUGAUAAUGAAGUAAUUCAUUCAGGAAACAAAGAAUUCGAUGGAAUCGAGUCACGAUAUGACAUCAGAGAAUCACAUAUUUAUGAACCAACUUAUGCUCAGACUAUCCUGCCUAUUUCAUCUAAUUCAAAUGAGAAAUAUCGUCGAAAAGAGAGAGUUUCUAUAAUGACAAAUCAAAAACCCUCGGCGCCAUUCAGUUUAGAAAAAAUUUGGAUUUCUGUUAUAUGCCUCAUUGCUAUUUCAACAUUAGUUGCAUUUGCUUUCCUCGUCGCCAUUACAUUAGCUCGUCAGAAAGUAGCAACAUAUGAGCUGCAACGGGGUCCAAAUCAUUUAACUGAAAAUUUCAAUUUGUGCCAAACAGAACAAUGUGGUAGUCAAUUUUCUGUAAAUUCACAUCGCUUCAGUAACAUCGAUAAUACUUAUUCACCUACGAAAUUUCAAACAUUGGAAAAACAAGAUCAUAAAAUUCACAACAACAGCUGCAGUAAUCACGAUGCCAAUCUUUAUUCACCAUUUGUCAAGUAUGAUACGAAUACUAAUUCAACCACAGGAUCUGUGCAUCAACUAGGAUUUUGUACAAAAGAAAUGACCUCAAUAAAUACGGAUAUACAGCACUCAAAACCUAUAUACAAUUACAAUAUUCCAAUAACUGCUAGUUCACUACAAUUUCCAAGAAAAUUUCAAGCAAUACACAAUAAUAAUAAUAAUAAAACUGAAAAUCUUUCUUCAGACAAAUGGAUAUCAUUAAUGCAUGUUCAACAUUCAGCACCGGCUAGUCCAAAUGAUUACUUCAGUCAACGAUAUAAAACAAUUGAUCCAUAUCAAAUGAACAGAAAUAUGUUAAAUCAAAAGUACGAAAUUCUUCAACCACAUGAAUGUCCAAUUGAUGAAUAUAAUAAUAAGAUAUCUGUUAGUCCAAAUUUUGCAAAUGGUUUAAUGAAACUUAAUAAUAUGGAAUUAUCAAAUUCAAAUGCGACAAAAAAUUUCGGUCUAGAUAAUAAAUCAUUGUUAUAUCUCACACCAAAAGGUAUACUGAAAGGAUGUAUUACAGAAUUAAAUGAAAAUUCACACAGAACUAAUGACAGUAGUAAGAAUAAUGAAGAAUUCAAUGAUGUUGAUAUUGAGAAGAAUACCAAUGGUAUCAAUAAUCAUUCAUUAUAUUGUUGUGAUUUAGAUAAACAACAACAAACCAUUCAAAUGAAUGAUUAUAUACAUAAACAAAAUGAUACUACUCAUAAUACUGAUAUCAAUGAACAGUUAACAAUAAAAGUAAAUAAAUCUAUCCCAGAUUCAAUUAAUAAUAGAUCAAAUCAAUUAUCGGAAAUUUUUUCAAAUCAAAAUGAUGAACAUAAUCAACAAUUACCAUUAAUAAACAAAUCUGAUAGAGAACAAAAUUUAUUAAAUAUAAAUACUAAAUAUUCAUCUUCUAAUCCAAUUGUAACUUCUAUAUCUUCACAUGUUUCCACUUUUAUCUAAGAUUUAAUAUUAUUCUCUGUGUAUGUUUAUUUUACCUGUGAAUACAUAUGCGUAUUAAACUUAACGCUUGCCAUAUAUAUAUAUAUAUAUAUAUAUAUAUAUA